GGAGCCCAAUCCCGAUGCCAAGUACCAGUAUGGCUCCAUCUGUGUGUCCCAGUGUCCCACAAACUUUGUGGUGGAUGGCAGCUCAUGCGUAAGCAACUGUCCCACCCAUAAAAUGGAGGUGGAGAAAAACGGGGUGAAAAGGUGUGAGCUCUGUGGAGGCCUCUGUCCUAAAGCUUGCCGCGGUACAGGAACUCAGAACCGACAGACGGUGGAUGCUCUGAACAUCGACAGUUUUAUUAACUGCACAAAGAUCCAGGGCAGUCUUCACUUCCUGGUGACCGGGAUCCAUGGUGACGAUUACAACAACAUUCCAGCCCUUGAUCCAGAAAAACUGAAGAUUUUCAACACGGUGCGAGAGAUUACAGACAUCCUCAGUAUCCAGUCGUGGCCUGAAAAUAUGACGGACCUAUCCGUGUUCUCCAAUCUGCAAACCAUUCAAGGCAGAACACUUUACCGAGGCGUGAGCUCGAGAAGGGGCUACUCUCUGCUGGUGAUGAAGAUCCCGUCUUUGACCUCUCUGGGCUUACGAUCGCUUCAAAGGAUAAAUGAUGGAAGCGUCUACAUCACAGGAAACAAGAAGCUAUGCUACCACGACACUGUCAACUGGACACGUAUCUUGACAAGUAGUUCUCGCCCGCAGCGACGCCAGAAGUACAUUGAUAUUAAGGAAAACCGGCCAAGAAAUGAGUGCGUUGAGAUGGGCCACGUUUGCGACACCCUUUGCUCCUCGGAGGGCUGCUGGGGUCCAGGCCCGGAUCAGUGUCUCUCCUGCAAAAACUACAGCAGAGGAGGAACUUGUGUGCCAGAGUGCAUGUUUGUGACAGGGGAGACACGUGAGUUUGCAGAUGCAUCAGGAGAAUGUAUGCCCUGCCACCCUGAGUGUAAAGUCCAGGAGGGAAAGGAGACCUGCAUAGGCCCGGGAGCAGACGAGUGUGUAGCGUGUGCCAACCGACAGGACGGCCCACAUUGUGUCUCCUCAUGUCCGGAGGGUGUGAUGGGAGGUGAGGGGGUCAUCUUUAAGUACCCGAACAAGCAAGGGCGCUGUGAGCCUUGUCACAUCAACUGUACUCAAGGGUGCUUUGGUCCAGGAACUGGAGGCUGUAUUGGGUCUUCCAGAUACAUUUCUGGACAAGCAACCACAGGCAUAGUACUGGGAGUUAUCGCCAUUCUGUUUGCCAGCUUCUCUAUUUUCGUGCUGAGCGUUUUGUACCGCAGAGGGCUCGCCAUCCGCCGCAAACGAGCUAUGAGGAGGUACAUGGCCAGUGGAGAGGUGAGUCCUUAGUUUCAGUGAGGUAGUA